AUGAGUGAGUUGGACACUCAGAAGACCUGUGAUGGAACUGUUUCUCGUCUGCUCAAUGUGGUGGAAAGUGAGCUUCAGGCAGGGAGGGAAAAAGGCGACCCUACAGAGAAGCAACUUCAGAUCAUUCUGGAGGAUGCCCCUCUCUGGCAGAGGUUCAAGGAAGUCACUAACGAAAUGAUCGUGACCAAGAACGGCAGACGGAUGUUCCCAGUCCUAAAGAUUAGCAUCACAGGGCUGGACCCCAAUGCCAUGUACUCACUCCUUCUGGACUUUGUCCCAACGGACAGUCAUCGCUGGAAGUAUGUCAAUGGAGAAUGGGUGCCUGCAGGCAAGCCAGAGGUCUCCAGCCACAGCUGUGUCUACAUCCACCCAGACUCCCCCAACUUCGGUGCCCAUUGGAUGAAGGCACCCAUCUCCUUCAGCAAAGUGAAGCUGACCAAUAAGUUCAACGGAGGUGGGCAGAUAAUGUUGAAUUCUCUGCAUAAAUAUGAACCCCAGGUUCACAUAGUGCGUGUUGGAGAUGCCCAUCGAAUGGUGAUGAACUGCUCCUUCCCUGAAACCCAGUUCAUAGCUGUGACUGCCUAUCAGAACGAGGAGAUAACAGCUCUCAAAAUCAAGUACAACCCUUUUGCCAAAGCCUUCCUGGAUGCUAAGGAAAGGAACCACCUCAAGGAUAUUCCAGAAGCUAUGUCUGAAAGCCAGCAUGUGACCUAUUCUCACUUGGGAGGCUGGAUCUUUUCCAGUCCGGAUGGAGUGAGCACUGCAGGAAACACCAGUUACCAGUAUACUGCUCCUUUGCCUCUGUCUGCUCCCCACACCCACCAUGGCUGUGAGCACUAUCCUGGCAUCCGAGGACACCACCGGCAGGCUCCCUACCCUUCUGUGUACAUGCAUAGAAAUCAUUCUCCCUCAGUGAAUUUGAUAGAAAACUCCAGCAAUAAUCUGCAAGUUUUCUCUGGAGCUGACAAUUGGACUUCCUUAUCCUCCACACCCCACGCCAGCAUCCUGUCUGUACCCCACACCAGCGGACCAGUCAAUCCAGGGCCUAGCCCAUACCCAUGCCUGUGGACCAUCAACAACAGUGGCGGGGGCCCUGCUGGGUCGGGCUCAGAGGUGCAUGCCAACUCCCCGGGAGCAUUUCUCCUGGGUAACCCAGCUGUGACUUCGGCUGUCUCCACCCAGACACCCACUUCGCUUAUCCAUGCCAUGCUUAGGCAACAAAAGUUCGUUGAGUACCUUCCUUGUGCCCUGACCCUUACUCUCAAAUGA